AUGUCGCAGGACACCUCUGCCCUGAGAGAAGAGGGCAAUAACUUCUUUAAAGGUGGCGACAUACAGGGAGCUCUCUCCUGCUACACGAAAGCUCUCAAACUCAGUGACAACCAGUCAGAGAGCGCGAUCUUAUACCGCAAUCGCGCAGCAUGCUACCUUAAACUCGAGGACUUCUCCAAGGCGGAGGCAGAUGCUUCCAAAGCGCUGGAUUCCGACCCUGGUGACAUCAAAGCCCGGUUCCGCCGUGCCCAGGCUCUGCACAAGCUCGGCCGUUUGGAUCAGGCCUUUUUGGACGCUCAAAAGUGUGCGCAGAUUGAGCCAAAAAACAAGGCUUUUCAGGAAUUAUUGCGAACUUUAGGGGCACAGAUCCAACAGAAGGCGGUACAGCUCUCCUCCACUGAUGCUCGAGUGCAGCAGAUGUUUAAACUCCUCACAGACAACACAGCUCAGCUCUCAGACAGGCAGAAGGCUGCCCAGAAUCUGGUGGUUCUGGCUCGUGAUGACGCAGGAGCAGAGCAGAUCUUCCGUAACGAUGGUGUGAAGCUUCUUCAGAAACUUCUGGGCUCUUCACAUGAGGAUCUGGUCCUCUCCGCUCUCAGGACCCUGGUUGGAUUGUGUACAGGACAUCAGUCUAGGACCAUGGCGAUCGUAAAUGAGCUGGGAAUGGAGCAGCUGUGUGGGGUCAUGGGGUCGGGGGCAUCGGGCGUGUCCCUUGCAGCCUGUCACUUGCUGCAGGUCAUGUUUGAGGCUCUGACAGAGGGCAUGAAGAAGGAAGUCAGAGGGAAAGAUGAGGCUAUCCUACCAGAGCCAUCCCGUGAGUUGCGUUCAAUGCUGCGUCAGCUCAUCGACAUGUUGCCUGCGUUCAGCGUGUCCGGAGCAGGGAGAGACAGUGCUAUUAACCUGUUAGUCAAGCAGGUCCCUCGCAAGUCUCAGAAGCAUCCAGACAACUCUCUCACCCUUUGGGUCAUUGACCAGGGGCUGAAGAAGAUUCUGGAAGUGGCCGGGACAGUCCCAGAGAUGGGUGAGGGCCUGCCGCUCACCGAUAACACACCAAUGAGCUGCUCUGUGCUACUGAACAAACUGUACGAUGACCUGAAGUGUGACAGCGAGAGAGAAAACUUUAACCGUCUCUGUGAGGAAUAUGUUAAGUAUCACUUUGGCUGUCCAGGGUUGGAGAGUAAGCUCCGUGCUAUCCAGACUGUUUCUGUGCUGCUGCAGGGACCCAGUGAUGUGGGGAACCGUGCGCUGGAGAUGUCUGGGAUCAUGGAUGCGGUCAUCUCUCUGUGUGCCUCUGAGAACAUCGUCCACCAGCAGGUGGCAGUAGAGACCCUCAUCCACGCCGCAGGCAAAGCCAAGAGGGCCUCGUUCAUCACGGCCAACGGAGUGGCGCUGCUGAAAGACCUGUAUAAGAAGAGUGAAAACGACCGCAUACGCGUGCGAGCUCUAGUUGGCUUGUGUAAGCUUGGAUCAGCAGGUGGAACAGAUUUCAGUAUGAAGCAGUUUGCAGAGGGAUCCACUCUGAAACUGGCCAAGCAAUGUAGAAAGUGGUUAUGCAAUGAAGCUUUGCCCCCAAACUCUCGGCGCUGGGCAAUGGAGGGCUUGGCGUACCUCACAUUCGAUGCGGAUGUGAAAGAGGAUUUGGUGGAGGACAAGAACGCCCUGCAGGCAAUGUUUCAGCUGGCAAAGGUAGGCACUGAAGAUAAGACAGUGUUGUUUGCCAUUGGCUCCACGCUUGUGAAUUGCACUAACAGCUAUGACAUAGAGAAACCAGACCCACAGAUGGUUGAACUGGCCAAAUAUGCUAAACAGCACGUACCUGAGGAACAUCCCAAGGAUGCUCAGUCAUUUGUGGAGAAGCGGUUGGUGAAGUUGUUGGAGGCUGGGGUGGUGUCUGCUCUGGUGUGUAUGGUGAAGCAGGAGAGCCCUGCUAUGACAGACUCGUGUAGAGAAUGUAUCGCCAGGGUGUUCUUGGCACUGGUGGAGCGGCAGGAAGACAGAGGGACUGUGGUGGCACAGGGAGGUGGAAAAGCUCUGAUCCCGUUGGCUUCAGAAAGCACGGACAUGGGUAAGAUUAAAGCCGCCCAGGCCUUGGCCAAGAUCACCAUUACAUCCAACCCAGAGAUCGCCUUCCCAGGAGAGAGGGUCUAUGAGGUGGUACGUCCAUUGGUGAGUCUUUUGGCUCUGGAUUGCUCAUCGUUGCAGAACUUUGAGGCUCUGAUGGCCCUCACCAACUUAGCUGGUAUCAGUGAGAGACUAAGACAGAAGAUCAUUAAGGAGAAAGCAGUGCCUAAAGUGGAGGGUUACAUGUUUGAGGAGCACGAGCUGAUCCGUGCUGCGGCCACAGAGUGUAUGUGUAACCUGGUCCUGAGCACCGAGGUUCAGAAGCUGUACUUCGCCACAGACAGUGACCGUCUGAAGCUGGUGGUGCUGUACUGUGGUGAGGAUGACGAGCGUCUGAGGAAGGCUGCGUCGGGCACUCUGGCCAUGCUGACGGCUGAGCAGCCUGAGCUGUGUGGCCGUAUCCCUGGCACCACCUCCCACUGGCUGGAAAUUCUGCAGGCGCUGUUGCUUAGCGACAGUAAAGACCUACGUCACAGGGGUGUGGUGAUUGCUCUGAACCUGAUGCAGGCUGAGCGGAGCCUGGCUGAGAAACUGAUGGAGAGUGAGGCUUUGGAGAUCCUCUCCGUCCUGGCCAAGGGAAGUGAGGCUGACCAGGGUCCAGUGGCCUCCACUGCACAGCGCUGCCUGGAGAAAGCCAUGGAGUACGGUCUAAUCAGGAGCAACGACGGGGAAGGAACAAGAGCCAAGUCUUAAACUUAAACCAACAGUG